AUGACCUCAUCCACGUGGGGACUACUCUGUCUCAUCCUGGCAGCGGGGACUCUGAGCGCCUCCACGCAGUUCGGGUCCCGAGACCGGCCGAUCCACUCAAUCAAACCGGUCCACCGGCGCUUGGAACAAAUCAAGUCCAUUGAGCAAAGCUCGGAUGAAGAACCAAGUGCUGGAACUUUCCAUCCGGGUGUCCCAGGGGCCGACAUCUACCUGGUGCAGGAGAGGCGGAGGGCUGACAGUGGAGAUGGUGGCACUAAUUCCAGGUUUUAUCAGUACCAGUCCUCCCAUCACCAGCCACCAAAGAAUAGCCAGCCGCUCUCACAGCUGCAGCACAAAGCAGCAUCCUGGCAGCCUGCUCGAGACUCCAGCGGCUUUGCUGCGUCCAUCAGAGCUGACGCAGCAGCAAGAUCUAACUGCAGAAAUCGUCCCAUAGACCUGGUCUUCAUCAUAGACAGCUCCCGCAGCGUGCGGCCUGCUGAGUUUGAAAAGGCCAAGGAGUUCCUUCAAGACAUGGUGGAAAGCCUCGAGAUCGGCUCGGACGCCACGCGGGUCGGCCUCGUCAAUUACGCCAGCACGGUGCAGAUAGAGUUUCUGCUGAAGACCUACUUCACCAAGUCCGCCCUGAAGCAGGCGCUGGCCCGCGUUGAGCCCCUCGCCUCGGGCACCAUGACGGGCAUGGCCAUCAAGACUGCCAUGGAGAAAGCUUUCACGGCGGAGGCGGGGGCCCGAGCCAGCUCCGUGAACAUCGCCAAAGUAGCCAUCAUAGUGACGGACGGGAGGCCCCAGGACAAGGUGGAGGACGUAUCAGCCUCCGCCCGGGCCUCUGGGAUCGAGAUCUACGCUGUGGGUGUGGACAGGGCCGACUUGAUGUCCCUCCGCCUCAUGGCCAGCACCCCGCACGACGACCACGUCUUCUAUGUGGAGACCUAUGGUGUCAUUGAGAAGCUCACUUCCAAAUUUAGGGAGACCUUAUGUGGUUUGGAUGCAUGUGCUCAGGGACACAGUUGCCAGCACAUUUGUGUCAACAAUGGCUACACAUACGACUGCAAGUGUCGCAAUGGCUAUGUCUUGAAUCCGGACAAGAAAACGUGCUCACGUUCAGAUGUAUGUGCCCAAGGACAUGACUGCCAACAUAUCUGUGUCAGCACUGAUGACUCGUUCAUCUGCAAAUGUCGUGAGGGACAUAUUUUGAAUGCAGACCAGAAAACAUGCUCACGUCCAGGUUUGGAUGCGUGUGCCCAGGGACAUGACUGCCAGCAUAUUUGCGUCAACAAUGGGAGCUCUUACAUCUGCAAGUGUCGAGUGGGAUACCUGUUGAACAUGGAUCAGAAGACAUGCUCCCGUUCAAAUGCAUGUGCUCAGGGACAUGACUGCCAGCAGAUUUGUAUCAACAACGGUGACUCAUACAACUGCAAGUGUCGAGUGGGAUAUGUGUUGAAUGCAGACCAGAAAACAUGCUCACAGGAAAUGAGAAGUGAAAUAACUCAGGAUGCCUGCAUGUGUGAAGCCCAGAUUGUGUUCCAGAAAAAAGUGCAGUCCGCCAUUCAGGAGCUGAGCAGAAAACUUGAUGAACUUUCAGAUAAAGUGAGCCUGAUUGAGGGACAAAAGCACAAUUAA